GGUAAGGGACGACCAAGGCAAGUGGUAACUUUGAUGUAAGAGAAUAGGGUCCGAUGGUGUGAGGGACAAGAAUUCAGUGUCUAGGGACAGAAAGGCAGGCACCACAGGGUAAGCGCCUGGAGGGUGGACCCCAAGUGGGAAACAACAGGGUCAGGGCCCUGGCUCCUGGUCACCAUGCUGCUGGCUGUGCUGCUGUUGCUGCUGCCCCUCCCAGACUCACAGUCUGCCCACGGGCACCCACUGUACAUGCGCCUGCCCCCCAGCACCCUGCAAGCUCUGUCAGCCCAGGGAACAAAGGCGUUGCGGGCCGCCCAGAGGAGCGCCCGGUGGGCGGUAAAUCUAGUGGCAAUGGAGAUCCAGCAUCGAUUGCAUGAGUGCCGAGGCUGUGCCAACCACACCACCCCGUGCAUGGCAGGCCCUGGGCGCCCCCGGCCUCAAGGACCCCUGCUCCGGGACUCACCUGAAUCAGGGCCGUGUGGCGAGAGGCGCCCCGGUCCUGUCAAUGUGACGCAGGCACACGGCCGCAUCGUGGGGGGCAGCGCGGCGCAGCCCGGGGCCUGGCCCUGGCUGGUGAGGCUGCAGCUCGGCCGGCAGCCUGUGUGUGGCGGCGUCCUGGUGGCGGCGUCCUGGGUGCUCACAGCCGCACACUGCUUCGCGGGUGCCCCGAACGAGCUUCUGUGGACGGUGACGCUGGCCGAGGGGCGCCGGGGGCAGCAAGCGGCGGAGGUGCCGGUGAACCGCAUCUUGCCCCACCCCAAGUUUGACCCGCGGACCUUCCACAACGACCUUGCGCUGGUGCAACUGUGGACGCCGGUGAGCCCGGCAGGGGCGGCGCGCCCCGUGUGUCUGCCCCAGGGACCCCGGGAGCCCCCCGCCGGCACCGCCUGCGCCAUCGCGGGCUGGGGGGCUCUCUUCGAAGACGGGCCCGAGGCUGAGGUGGUGAGGGAGGCCCGUGUGCCCCUGCUCAGCGCCGACACCUGCCGAAGGGCCCUGGGGCCCGGGCUGCGCCCCAGCACCAUGCUCUGUGCCGGUUAUCUGGCGGGGGGAAUCGACUCAUGCCAGGGUGACUCUGGAGGCCCCCUCACCUGUUCUGAGCCUGACCCCCGCCCCAGGGAGGUCCUGUAUGGAAUCACCUCCUGGGGGGACGGCUGCGGGGAGCCCGGGAAGCCUGGGGUCUACACGCGUGUGGCCGUGUUCAAGGACUGGCUCCAGAAGCAGAUGAACGCAGCCCCCUCCAGCCGGGAGCCCAGCUGCAGGGAGCUUCUGGCCUGGGAACCGCCCGAGGAGCCACUGGCAGAGGCCGUCCCGCCCUGCGCCUUCUACGCCCACCUGUGCCCGGGGCCCAAGGGCGCCUGUGCGCCCCUAGCGCAUCAGCAGUGCCUGCAAUGCCGACGGCGAUGCGAGCUGCGCUCGCUGGCGCACACACUGCUGGAGCUGCUGCGGGGCGCCCAGGGGCUGUUCGGCCCGCGCCCGGGGAUGCGGCGCCUGGCCCCGGCCCUCCUGGAGACUUCUGGGCACACCGCCCGCGAGCAGCGGCUGCACCCAGAUUGUCCUGGCCUGGAGCCCCUGUGGCAGAAGAUGGCCACCCUCCAGGACACCCAUGCCUGGAUCCUGCAGGUCCCCUUAGAGCACUUGGCCAUGGACUUUCAGGAGGUCCUGGCCGAUCUGAGCUCCAAGACGAUAACGGGGCUCUUCCGAGCCUGGGUUCGGGCAGGCUUGGGGGACCAGCAUGUGGUUUUUGGUGGCCUGGUGGGCCUGGAGCCAGCCACACUGGCUCGAAGCCUUCCCCGGUUGCUGGUACAGGCGCUGCAGGCCUUCCGCUUGGCCGCUCAGGCCAAGGCAGAGCCCCGGGGAGCAAGGAUAGGUGCAAGGCGGGGCUGGGGGCUGGGAGGGAUGGGGCACCACGCACUUAGCCUUCAGGUUCCCCCAGCCAGGCAGCCAUAAGCCACGUCUAGGCCCCCAGCCUCUGGUCAGGGCCUAUGCUCCCAGGGGCUGGGAGGGUUCAGGGAGCAUGAUGACAAAUCAUCACUGCAGCAGUUGGCCAGAUGCGUGGG